AUGAAAGCGAGUGCGAGAACGCUGCGCCAUAAGCCUUCUCAUGUGAAUACAGGCUUGUAUAUAAAUAAGGACGCCGUGUUCAAGCUGACACAAUGAUGAUUAUCUUGAUUGUGAUUCAGAGCCGUCGGCGAAACAAUCCUCCUAUUCUCUUUACAUGGGCUUGAUAGAUGAUCAGUGUCCGACAUUGAGUUAUCUUAAACGCUGGUUAGUUGACAAGAAACUCCAUCUGAUAUGUUGGUGGAGUACUCUCUCAGAACGACAUAGCUUCACAACUGGCGUCACGAUGGCGUCGUCGGGCUUGGUCGAGAAGGCCAAAGACGUGUCAUUCGAGGCAACUUCGUUUGUCGUGCAGAGUGUUCUAAAGGAGCGAGACAAGGUGUUUUCCAGACCGGGCGACGCGGUCCGUAAAAAGGACGGUCUCGUCGAGGAGGUUGUCAGGUCAGCAGCUUCUGGAUUCGGAGUCAUCUCGGAAGCUUUGCAUCACCGGAAAGAGGAGAAGGCGAAUCAGCUACGGCAAAACGACGGAAUCAAGGGCCCACAACCAUCCGAUGUUCCACCUCAAAGUCGACCGGACGGGGUCACAUCAUGCCUUGGGGUCGGGGACCAGGAGUUCACGACACCGAAGGCAAGAUCGAAACCACCAAAGGAUUCAAAACACUCGGCUCGUCUUGCCGCGGCCUUUAUCAGUCGACGCGCAUGCCCGGAUGGAGAGACUGUAGCCAAUGACAAAACGGUUCCGUUACCCGUCGUGCUGGCCCAGCGGCGACCCGAGAAGAGGACUCGGGGGUUCAUGCGGGCCUACGCGCCGGUUCUUGCCGAGGUGGGCGUCGACCAAGGAACUUUUCUCGAUUUCAUAGACGGGUUCAAUAAGGCGCUGGAGCCCAACCCCUGGAUCAACGCCCUCAACCUGGCAGGCUUCGCCGGGUCGGCAAUGCCGGAGCCGGCAUCGAUGCUCUUUGGUUUCACGGUCGAGUACGCGACGGGCGCUGCCUUGGAGGGACGCAGUCGUUACAGCUCCAACACCUUCCUGGACCGCGUCAAUGCCCAAUACUUCCGCCCGCGCGGGCUCGUCUGUCUUGUCGUGACGUGGCAGCCGGGUAUCGGCGACAGUCGGCUCGCCGUCAACUUUGAGCGAGGCGCGCCUGCAACCCGCUCAGAGACUGGCCUUUCCGAGAGAAGAGCUAAUGUUAUCACGCAGAAGUCUUCGGCGAGGACAUGCUGGCAGGAUAUGAAGGAACAGAUGGGCGAGAGGAUGAAGAUGACGAACGGCAAUCUCGACUGGCCCGAGCCGGCGCCGCUCGUCUUCCCGGCUAAUGGUGACGAGACCGAGGGCGGAAGCGGCAUCGGGGCUAAGAAAAAGAAGGACGCCUUGGAUCGGAUGGAGGCCUGGAUGGAGGAUAUUUCGGACAAGCGAGCCCAGGCCAAGUGGGUUGACGAAAACGGUGACAACCCGUCGGCAGGCCUGACCCCGAAGCAUGAGUUCCGAUCACGGUACGCCGACCCUAAGCACCCGGCUGCGAGUGGCGACAUGGUGGCUCUAGUCACCGGGGGUCAUUGGAUGUACACGGAUACGAAGAACGCCAAGGAGGGCGCCGGUGAGUCCAAACCAGAGACGGAUACACGUGUCGGCAAGUCUGAAGGAGGAAACCAUGAGAAGAAAUCCGACGCAGCAAACAUGAGGGCCUCCCUCUAUGUUGCACUCAGUUAUUGCUGGGGCAAAUCAGAUCAUCUCUUGACCAACAAGAAGAACCUUCAAGACAUGAAGAUCGGAGUCCAUGUUGUGGAGUUUCCACAGACCAUCAGAGAUGCGGUGGAAGCAACUAGGAGGCUCAAUCUGAGAUACUUCUGGGUGGAUACUAUCUGCAUUUCACAGGAUUCCGCGCGCGACUGGGAAGUCGAGUCGGCGAAAAUGGCUUCCGUAUACCACAAUGCAUACCUGACGGUUGCUGCAGGCACCUCGGCUUGCGCCUCUGAAGGCUUCCUUGACCAACAGCAUCUCGCAGCUGCCCAGCGAACGCAGUUUAAAAUGAAGUGGCGCACGGAUAGAGGGAAAACCUCCAUCCUCGCGUGGAUAUGUCAAACUGAGAGAGACUGCGAAUGCCACGCCUUUGAGGAGAUUACCAGAGACGGCCCCAAGGCGAUGAUGUCCCCUGCCUUGAUGACCAGUCACCUUGCCGCCUUUGAGCAAUGGCAGGCUGUCGUCAGCGGGUUCAGCACACGGAAACUCUCUUACGAAUUGAACAAGCUGCCUGCCCUGUCCGGCCUUGCCAGUUUGGUCCAGGAGAAGACUGGAUCUUCCUACAUUGCCGGAUUGUGGAGAGACAACUUUGUGCGGGACCUGAACUGGUAUUCUCUAGCAAGGACUUUGGACAAGCUGGAAGACGCAAAAUGCUAA